AUGUGAUGGAAUUAACCUUCUUGACCUGUAUGACUUUGUAAACCUUUUCAAGAUGGUUCAGAACUAUGGUGAAGAGCCCAAUGGAAUGACAAGAGGGAGCAUCCACUUCUUCUAGUGUCUGAUUUAUAUGUUUGAAAGCAUGGUUUCCUGACAGAAGAGUGCAUUAUAUUUUUUAACAGCAGAUCUGUACUAAAUGUGGCAUCAGUAGUGGUUUUUGGAAAGAUGAGAAGGGACCCGCUGCAGGGCAACUCCUUGAAGAUGAAAAUGUCUGUUGUUUCUGUUAUACAUAUCCCAGUUAUGAGAGGUUUUUGUGUGAUUUCUGAGCUUGGUGCUGUCAGCUCCGUGUGAACAAACUAAAACAAAAAGCAAGUUUAUUUUUAUUAAGGAAAAUGCCACGAAGGAAGAAAACUGGUGGGAGUCCUUCUCCAAAGAAUGGCAAUUGUGACAGAACGUCAGCUGUUGCUGUAUCCCAAGGGGACCCAAGCCACUUGGUGUCACAAGCAGUGCGUAGUGUCCAUAAGGAAGAGCUCUUGAACAGCAUGUCAGAGAUGUUUUCUGACCUAGAUCCUAGUGUGGUUUAUAUGGUUCUGUCUGAAUGUGAUUUUAAAGUAGAAAAUGCUAUGGAUUAUCUGCUAGAGCUGUCCACCCAUGCCAAAGGAGUAGCAUCUUCAAAAACCUUGAGUUAUGAUUCAGUAGCAUCAUCACUAGCUCUUAUUAAUCAGCAAAGAUCUGUUGCAAAUGAAAGAAUGGGGGGAAGUACUGCAGAACAAAGUAAUUCCAAGGAAGAUAAAGAAAGGGUCCUAUCACCUGAUGUGGAGCUGACUGAAGAACUGGAUUCAUUAAUAGAAAAUGCCGUUUGGAAAUACAACUUGAGUGAUGAAUUGACUGAUUCUACAAAUGACCAAGUAGUACAAAAGUACUGUGUGGAACAUGAUGGCUUUAAUGAAUUUCUUGAGUGGGAAAAAUCUGAUUCAGGUUGCGGUGACCUACUUUUCCCACAGCAAACAGGGACAAAUAAUGAGUUUUUAGAAAACUUUGCCUGUUUUCAGCCACCCAGGAGUCAGCUGAGAACCCAAACAAACUCCCCAGCUGCAACAGAUGAUUUCGAACAGAUACUGGAAGAUGCUGAUGUGUCAGACAUACAUGUUCAACAUGAUGUACCUUCAGAAGCCUAUAAGCAAUCAAAUGGAGAAAUAUCAUCUGGAAAUUCUGAACAAACUCAAGAUACUGUUUUGGAUCAAAAAAAUGUGACAGCGGCUCCUGUUGUGGCCUCCCAAAGACCUCUGGAAUCUGGAGUAGCUGGCACUGCAAGUUCUAAUUCAGGAUGCUUAGAACAGCAUGAAGAGGUAGUGACUGCCUUAAGCAGCCACCAAAGCACUUCUCUUCCAGAACCUUCUGUCUCUCUUCAAACAUUCAGUUUCAAAACCCCAGAACCUGCUGAUUUUCAGCACACUCAGCAGGGUUGUAACUUGACACCAUCGUGUCAGCUUCAACAGGACUGGAAUCUCAUGGCUCCCGCUUUUUAUCCUUGCAGUGGAAAUAACAGUUUUGUAAUUCCUGUGGCUGUAGGUCCAGGGCAAUGGAGACCUGUUUCAGACUCUAGGACUUUGGAAAAAGGACCUUUUUUUCCCUCUCCAGUGGUUUCAAAUGCCUGGGAUAACAACCCUUCUCUGAAGGUAUGGGGAAAUCAAGAUAGAAACUCAAAAUUGAACCUCUCGCAAGCACAGCAGCCGCCUGUUUGUCACAUGAUGAGAAAAAAGAUGCAUCUUGUAGGUCAAGUACUUGUUCUUCUCAGAGGUGUUCCAGGAUCAGGAAAAUCGUAUUUGGCAAGGACUUUGCUUGAGGAUAAUCCAGAUGGAAUAAUUCUUAGUACUGAUGAUUACUUUUAUAAACACGGACAAUACCAUUAUGAUCCUGAUUGCUUAGGGGAAGCACAUGACUGGAACAGGAAACGAGCCAAAGAAGCAUUUGAAAUGAGAAUCUCUCCUAUAAUAAUAGACAACACAAACACACAAGCAUGGGAGAUGAAGCCUUAUGUUACUUUGGCUCAGCAGUUCAAUUACAAAGUCAUUUUCCGAGAACCAGACACUUGGUGGAAGUUUAAGCCAAAAGAACUUGAAAGGCGAAACAUUCAUGGUGUGUCUAAAGAAAAGAUCAGAAGAAUGUUGGAACGAUAUGAAUUCUGCCUUUCUGUCAGCUCAAUAUUGGAUUCUUCUGUCCCAGACAAAUCAGAAGCUGCUGGCUGGAGUGAAGAUCCUUAUCAGGAGGAAAGCCAUAGAAAGAGAGAGGCACAUUCUGAUGUAAAGGAAGAAAAAUCUUUUGCUUGUGAUGUGGAGCCUCUUGAAUUAACUGAAGAUAAUAAAAAUUUUCCCAGUACUUCUCCAGCAUCAGAAAGUAACUGUGAUCCUGGACAUCUUCAGAAAGAGGAAAAAGAAAUGAAAAUGAACACAGUGGAACACAGUUCUGAGAACAGCACUGUUCAAGAUGACUUCAAUGUUUCUUUAUCAGAUUCUGUAGAAAAAGAACAGGCCAUGGAGAAGAAAGAUGUAAAGGGAGAAAAUACAGAAAAAAAUACUGUAACAGAAAUGAAUGAGGUUGAUAUGACCACAGCUGAAGAGACUGUGUGUUUGCAUACAGGAAGAGUCGAGGAACACGACAAUAACAGGUUUCUCAAAGUUCAAACUGAAGUUGAACAGUUGGGUAAUACAUGUGUGGACCCAGAAUCAGCACAAAGUAGUAGCAUACUGGAACCAAGUAGCUCAGCUUCUGACAUGUCAGAAAAACCACAAGUACUAAACUUCCUGGGUGACUGGCCUGUAGAACAAACGAUGGGCCAGAGAAUCAAAAGAGCUAGAAGACUAGAAAAAUCUUCUGAAAAGAGUGAUAAGGAAAAUAAAACUCCCAAUCAGCAGUAUACUGAGUUACAUAAAGAAGAACAGGCAGGCUUGCAUGGGACCUGUACCCUUGAAAAAGCACAGGAGGAAGGAAAUGUAGCCUCUAGUUGUUCCUCAGCUAGUUCAGAUAAAGUUACACUGGAAUUUCAAAUGAUAGGACAUUGGCCUGUCUCAGGCUCCUUAGAACAGAGACAACAAAGGUCAAGGAGAAUAAGAAAGACAAGUCUAAAUCAGUCUGAUGAAGGUAGAAAUAGUGAAGGUGACAUUAAUAGAAAUGUUCUUGAGACAGUAGAUGUGAUUUGUGGGACACCUGCAAACAUUGCAGAGCAACCAGAUGCAAAGAGUUUGCAUAUGCACGAAUCUGAAACAGUAGCUAGUGAAACUGUUAGUGAGAAAAAAACCCAGCAAAAUAAGAGAAUGAGGAAACAUCACAAAUUAGCUCUCACUUUUACAAACAACAAUUUGCCACAUCCCAGGGAAGAGGAACACUUGUCUGUACCAAACACAGCAGAAGAGGGACAUGACACAAGCUCAUGUGGACAAAGAAGUAGCUAUUCACAGACUGAGUCACAGGACUUUGCAAUCCUAUGGAGAUUAGAAAAGAAAAUGCUUUUUCCUGAGACUACCAAAGUGUUACAUGGUAGACUAGAUGGCUUCAAAUCAAAAAACAUAGAUAAUGUUUCAGAUCCUCUGGAAAAAGUACCCUAUCAAGUUAUGUAUGAUAAAAGUACAUUUGUGGAAGAAAGUGAACUUACCAAUAUUGAUGAGUCCGAAAAGCUGAAUACACUGUGUAAGCUUUUUGAAUCUGUGUCAUUUGAAGCUCUGAAAGAUCUGUAUGAAAGAUGUAACAAAGACUUAGACUGGACCACGGGUCUGCUGUUAGACUGCAAUGAGAAAUUAUGCAAAGAUGUUGAUACUGAAUGCUUUCAAGUAAGAGAAGAUGAACCAAUUGUCAAAGACUUUGAUUUCAAGACAGGUACAAACUAUGAUGAGAACUGCAAAGACUCUGAACAAAUGUCUCAAAUAACUGGGGCUGCUGGUACUUCUGAGCAUUCAGAAGAUAUGAGCUCAUCACUCAGCAUUGCAGAAAGUAGAGCUACCAAGGCAACUGUGACAGAUGGUGAUGUGCCUGGCUUGUUGACUGCUGCCUCAUUGCAUGAUUCAGCAGAACUGAAAAAUUCUGGAGAUGCAUCCCCUCAAACUGAUGGAGGCAGUUCAGUAGAAGGUAUCCCUGAGAUACCCAUUUCAGGAAAGCAGAAGAUAGAGUGUGAGAGUCCUGUUGAAGAAAAUACAAAUAAUCCAUCAGUCUCACAAUUUGAUACAGGUUUAUGUAUACCCAUGACUUUGCCUCACAGUCCUAACAUGACUUCUGCUAAUUUAAAAUUUGAAUUAAAUAAUGAAAGUGACAGUAACUCUUCAGAAAGCAAUGCAGAAAACUCCAAAGUGACUCCAUUGCUGGAAAUCGAUCAUGCACCUCUGGUGGAUCCUAGGACUGAUAAAGAACUGGAGACAGAUAAAGAAAUCCAGGGGAGUUCCAGGGAGAUACAUGGUAGAGAAGUUGAAACUCCAAGCUGGGAUGACACUAAAGCCAAGAUACACAGACCUAUACCAGAAUCACAUGCAAACUUCAAUAUAGAUUGCCUAGAACUAACAUUGCCUCCUGAACUGGCCCUCCAAUUGAAUGAAAUAUUUGGGCCUGUUGGCAUUGAUGCAGGAUCACUAACUCUUGAGGAUUGCGUGGUUCAUAUUGAUCUGAAUUUGGCAAGAGUGAUUCAUGAAAAAUGGAAAGAAUCUGUUGUGAAGCGUCGGAGGAGAGAUGAAUCGUGUAAGUUGUCUGCAGAAGGUCCUCCUGUGAUUCAGCAGAUAGAUACAGAUGGCUCAGAAAUGCUGUUACCUCCAAAUGCAGACAGUAAAAUACAGAAGAAAAAAAUGGGCUGGGUUUCAGGCUCAUCUAAUGAUAUACAGACUAAAAGAACAGCAACAUCAGACAUUUUUCCUGCUAUGGAUCACUGGAAUGCUCAGAUUCAGAAAGUUUCUCUCAGACAAAUAAUUUCUGAAGAAAUAGCUAUGCAGGAGAAACAGGACCUGAUCAUGGUGCAUUUCACUAUACAGAAUCGUGUUCCUUCUAUGUCUAGGAAAGACUGUGCUGCUAAACUAAAGGAGAAGCAACUUUUUGCAAUGUUUCCAACUAUUAAUCAAAAUUUCUUAAUGGACAUCUUCAAGGACAACAACUACUCUUUAGAACAAACUGAACAAUUUCUGAACUGUGUUCUGGAGGGAGAUCCUGUGAAAACUGUUAUAGCUCAUGGGACUGUUCUGCAAACUGAAAUAGUUUCUUCCUACAGUGGUGCAAAGAACCGAGAGAAGAAGGCAAAAAAAAGUAAGGAAGAAGAUGAUCCUUUGACUGAAAUAUUUCAAGAUUUUGAGUAUCCACAAUAUGAUGACUUAAGAGCAGAAGCUUUUUGUCACCAGCAGAAGAGGCAAGAAUGUCUGAAAAAGGCUGGAGAGGCCUUUCACAUGGGUAUGAGGUCUGUGGCAGCAUUCUAUGCACAUCAGGGUCACCUCCAUGAGCAGAAGAUGAAGGAAGCCAACCAUGCUGCUGCUUUGCAAAUCUUUGAAAAAGCAAAUACUUCCUUGCUGCCUAUGAACGUGCUGGAUCUGCAUGGUCUGCAUGUGGAUGAAGCUGUGAAUCACUUGUCCAGGGUGCUCCAGGAAAAAAGUGAAGAGUACCAGCAGACUGGUGGUAAAGCUUAUCUCUGUGUUAUCACGGGAAGAGGAAGCCAUAGUCAGGGAGGGGUUGCUCGCAUCAGACCAGCAGCUAUCAGAUACCUCACAAGCCACAACUUCAGGUUCACAGAAAUAAAACCAGGCUGCCUGAAAGUCAUGCUGAACUGAAGAGUUGUCAAGAAGAAAAGUGGAAUGUAGAAACUGAGGAGUUAGGUUGUAGCUAAAAACUUUUUGAACUGCAACAGUAUUUUGUAGUCAGUUUUAAAGGAUGAUAUUUUAUUAGACAUGUUCUCAAUUUACAGCAAGUGGUUUUGACAGCAUGUUUCCAAGAAAAUUUUUAUGUGGAAUUGUUCCUUUUUUAAACCUGCAAAAAGAACACAGGAUUUGAAGUCUUAGAAAUGCAGAUUAAGAACUCUGCUGAGCAGUAUAUGAUGUUUUAAAGGAAAGUUAAAGUACCUUUUUUAAAUAUAGCUAUCUUCUCAGCAUACCCAGUCUACAUCUUUUGACUCUCACACAUUUUAAUUGCUGUGGAUUCUGUGCUUUUAAAACGCAGUACCUUGUACAAAGUUAUUUUGGGAUUCAGAAUUUCAUGCUAAGCCCUUCAGAGGAACACAGGGGAGGUGAGAACUCAGCAAUUACUGAUAUUUAAAAUGCAGUUAUGGCUGAGUGCUAAAUAUUUCCAGGUUUCUUCAAAAGUCAGAUUUUUUUUUUCAUUGUUGUUUUGUAAUGGGAUGGCCAACUCUCUUGUCCUUACUCCAUUCUAAACUUCUGAUACCGACAGAAGUUGCAUACAAAGGACUGUGCGUUGAUACCAGGAUUUUGUGGAAAUGCCCUUAAUUUUUUCAACAUCUACUGGAUUAAAAGUGUUUCUUUAUAGGUUUUCAAAUGGAGCAAAUCAAGUACUGUUUCACAGGUGUCUAAUAGUGAUGUGUUUUCAUUCUGUGUGUAUUAAAUUUGAUGAUUUCCUUGUAGAAAAUAAUGAUAUUCUGUGAGAUGUUUAAAGCAUAUUUUUAAUAUCAAAGCAAAUGGUAAUACUACCAUAUCUACCUUAUCUGGAAGGUCUGUGAGUACAGAAGUUACUGUGUUGGUUUUGUGUCAGCAUCUAGAAACACCUGUGUAAAAAAACCAAACCAAAACAUAAAAAAAUAAACCCAGACCAACACCUUCUUUCCAAACCCCAAUUAAAUAUAAACAUCUCUACUUUGGCAAAUGUUUCUAGUAAGCAAUCAGAACCUUUUUUUUUAUUAGAUAUAUAUUCUAGAAUGCAUUACUACUAUUAUUUAAAUAUUUGCCUCUUGAAAGCAUACAAAUUUUUGUUAAGCAUUUUUCAGAACAGAUACGAGUUGUGUGUUAUGAGCAAUAUUAACAGGCUAAGGAUUAAUGAGAGUGCUUUUUUUCAUUUUAAACCACUUUUGCAGUAAAUUAUAUUGAGGAACUGAAUGCACAAAGGAUUUGUGUAAGAAUCUGUAUGUGUGUGCAAGUUCUGCCAUUUGUAUGAAUGGAUAGUAAUAAGGAACUUCUGUGGGAAGAGCUGUGCACAGAAAUAGGUUUCACUAGAAACUGUGUAUGUGUAAUUUGCUGACAAACUGAAAGACAUGAUGCUUCCUGAGAAUCCGUAUUUACUGUAAUAUAUACACAGUGAAUGCAGUGAUACAGUAGACUUAAAAAUGAGUGUCAUGCUUCAACAGAUACAAUAAUCUUUUUCAUGGUAAUUUCAAGUGUAAGAGCAGCUUGAAUAAUAGUUAAUCAAAGUUACUCUUACUGGCAUAAUAGACUAUGAUAAUACAUUUUAUAUUUUUGUGAGUUCUUAGUUCAUCUGAAUUGUGACCUUUUUCUUUUUCUCUGGGCUUUGAUAAACAGAAGGUAAAAUACGAAAGCUCAGUGCUCCCCAGACAGCACUAGCAGAGCUGUUUCUGCCACCAUACAAUGUUCUGUGUGGUGAAGCCUGUGCUCCACCCUCUGUGACAAUGCCUAAAAGGGACUGAGAUGUCAUUUAGUAGUUCAGACUUAUCAGCUGUCCAGGGUUGCAGAUGCUGGAAUUGCUUCAGUGCAGCUGGUGUCUUUCUUUUGGACUAGGGAACUUCCUUCUGCUCCUGAUCAGGUUUUCCUUAGAGCUAUGAAUGGAAGGGCAGCUCAGCCUUUUUCUUUCACAAAACCUUAAGCAUGUGCUUAGAAGCUGUGCUGGGUUGGAUAUAGAAUGGAGCAGAAGAUCAAAGCUCAGAGAGAAAGGACGUAAACUUUUAUUGGUAAGGAUCUCCAAGCCUUCAGCUACUUGCCAAACUGUCCAGAAAAGGACCACUGGACUUACAGUAUUUGUUUUUAUAAUGUAUAGUGAGAUUAAUUACAUCAAAUCUAAUUGUUCCAAAAUGGUAUUUCAAAGUAGGUUACAUUUUAGAACUUGCAGCCUUUCGGAUGUUUUUCACAGUUACAUCAGUGAGAAUCUUGAGGUAUUGUGUAAAUCCUGUAUCGUUUUAUAUUUGUAAUUAAAAUGGCUUCUAGCAGUAUUGCCACCAGCACUCUGAGAUAUGUGACUGUUAAGAUACCUAUAUUGUGUACCACUUUUUAUUCUAUUCUUCAACAGCAUGUGGUUGUGAUGACUGGUAGCAUUUAAUAUCUGACAUUUGUUUUCUUCUUUACAAAACAUCCCAAUUUUUAACGCAGAAAAGCUGUCUUUUUUCUUAAUAUAUAAAACUUACUGCUUGUGCUAGCAGGUCAGUAACCUUACAGUAAAGAAAAAAAAAGGCCUGGAGGUGCAAUGAAGAAAGUUGUUCUUCUAAGUAAAGUGAGCGUUUGAAAAUAGGUUUCAGUUGAUUGGGAAAGUAAUAGGGCAAAAGUAAUUAAAAAAAAUAUUUCAAGAUAACUUGAUAAUACUUCAAUAUCCUCGGCCUUUGCUUCUAAUAAAACGUGGUACGAUAUUAUUUAAACGGUGUUUUUGUAGGUCUGUUGAAGGACACCUCAGGCAAAGUUUAGCUGGGAUUUUUUGUGGCUAUUAGAAAUCAUUGUGACUUGGGAAUCCCAGCUUAAAUGAUGUCCAGGUGCUCGAGUCAUAACCUGGAACAUCCCUAGAACAUCUGGAACCUUGCUGCUGUGCCCAUGUACAAUGUCAAGGAAGAUUUUAUGAACUUAGCAGGAUGUGUAUUUUAGAAGGCUUUGCUUGAGAAGGUAAAAUGUAAACAUUGUUAUGAAAUAUUGCCACAAAACAUGGUGGAUAGAUGAGGAUAAUUUUAUUCUUUAUAAUGGCAAAGAAGGAUCACCAUAAAUGUAAUACAGGAAA